ACUACUGCAUGAGUAACCUUGUAAAGGCGGCUCUCCUAGUGAAAAGUCGUCCAACUUAGUUACCGGUAGUCUCUCGCCAUUCUAAAUCUUCUAUGAAGGCACAUGUUGACUUUUGGAUAGCUUUCCACCUUUUUUACUUUUAAUAUCUAUUGCGGUAUUAGGGCGGCUUGCCCUGCGGUCCUUGCGGGCGUCCACGCUUGCCAUUAAAUCCACCGCGUACAGACCUUCAGUUGCCAGGUUACGCCGGCCGUGUUAAGCCGUCACUCCUGAUCAUGUCGCAGCGGCAAUUUCCUCGCGACCAGCAGGCCCAAGGCAGCAGCAGUAGCAGCCCUUCUCCAGCUCCUGACUGCCUUCCUGGCAACGUUAAGGCCUGCUUGCGGCGAUUGCCAGCUGCGGCCCAGCGGUUUCUCACCAUCCAGGGACAGACCUCUCUUUUGGCGCGGAGGGCUGCUGACGACCUGCUACGGUGUCUAAACCCCGUGGGUGGAUACGCAGAUAUGCUUCCAAAUUCAAGGUCUCAGGCGGCUAAUGAGGCGGUUGCAGCAGUGCUUGCGGAUGGAGCCGUCAGCGUCGCGCUACUGCGGCUGGUGGCAGUUGCAACACGCCUGACACCGGCUGAGCUGUGUCCCGCCCUCAACGAUAAGAGGACUCAAACAGUCUGCGCACGCGCCUUCCUUACAAGCGGUCAUCUUGUAGGGGAAUUACUGCAGCGAUGGUCCAAGCCUACACCGCAUGUAGUCGACUUUGCCCGCAAGCUGCUGCGCAUGCAGACGCUGCAAGCGCUCAGCCGCCAGCUGGCUGCGGCCGCCGAUGCCCUCCUGGCAGCACGAAGCGCGCAGGGUCAGUCGCCCGACCAAGAGCAGCAGAUGGCUAUUGAUGCCGUGCUGUACCAGGCUCUUAACGUCGUCUGCCUGUCCUGCAGCCUACUGAAUGGCUUAAUCGUCAGUCCGGCGGCUACGCAUUACUUCACAGAUCUCGUGACGGCCCUGCACGGCAGCUGCGUCUUGGAGCACUCGGCCAGGCUGCUGCUCCUGGUGGAAGUGGCGGAGCGUGCAGAAUUAGAGCGGGCAGUUAAGGGGCCAGCUAAGCAGGAGGAGGCGCUGGGUGGAAACCCCUAUCAAGCAGUGCACGACUUCUUUCAGGCGUUUAGCAGCUGCGUGCUGCUAUUCCAGAUGGCUACCGCAGCUAUGCCUGCAUCACCCACAUGCGCCCAGCUACGCGAGGUGCUGUCCGGCCGGUGCACGCAGUACGCAGCUGUCGGACACGGG